ACCACUUGUCAGUUUGUCACUGACUUCGCUACGGUAUGGUUGUCAUUUCGUCCGUCUAUCAAAGAACGUGAUAGAUGAAUGGAAAAUAAUUAACUUUAUCGCAGCGAAGACAUCUCUCGUAUCUCCUCGAAACAUAACGUCGCGCGUGUAACAACACCUAAGUGAUUUUAUAAAAGUGCUCGCUUCAACACAACACCGCCAUGAUCGAUGUUAGAAACAAAGAUGGCGGAAUAAUACGGUGAUCAUAACCAAACGCGUUGUUUUGUCGUGUGUAGCGUUAUGUGCUGUAGUGGGCGGCGGCUGCAGCAGUGUCGGGGUGCGUGAGUGAGGAGGAGAGGCGCGAUGGGGGCGCGGCCGGGGUGAUGCCGCCGCGGCCAGCGGCCGGCCGCGCGGCCAUGGCGGCCGACAGCGAACGCCCGCCGCUCGCUCUCUUCACCGCUGUCUACGACUAUGUGGCACAGGGAGAGGAUGAGCUUUCCCUGCGUCGCGGCGAGAUCGUCGAGGUGUUGUCCAAGGACGCCAACAUCUCCGGCGAUGAGGGCUGGUGGACGGGAAAGAUCGGCGAUCGCGUCGGUAUAUUCCCUGCCGUAUACGUGACGGAGGAAGACCCCCUGGCCGUGGAGCCGCCUCGCGUCUCCUUCUCCGAGCUGAAACUGGAGGAAGUGAUCGGGGUAGGCGGCUUCGGGAAAGUGUAUCGUGGCUAUUGGAACGGUGAAGUAGUAGCGGUGAAGGCGGCGCGUCAGGACGCGAACGAAGAUAUCGAAGUUAUAAAAGAGAGUGUGUUGCAAGAGGCGAGACUGUUCUGGGUGCUGCAACAUGAGAAUAUAGUGUCGUUGAAGGGGGUCUGUCUGGGGGAACCGAACUUUUGUCUGGUGAUGGAAUAUGCGCGCGGUGGGCCUCUCAACCGAGUGCUAUCUGGUCGGAAGAUACGGCCGGACAUCCUGGUGGACUGGGCCAUUCAGGUGGCGCAGGGCAUGGCGUACCUUCACGUUGGCGCGCCCAUGUCCCUCAUCCAUAGGGACCUCAAGAGCUCUAACGUGUUACUGAGCGAGGCUAUCCUGCCGGAUGACCAGUUGGAGGACAAGACUCUCAAGAUCACAGACUUCGGUCUGGCGCGGGAAGUGUACAAGACCACCAGGAUGUCGGCCGCCGGGACGUACGCGUGGAUGCCGCCUGAGGUGAUAAAACACUCGACGUUUUCCCACGCGUCCGAUGUGUGGUCCUAUGGCGUGUUGCUAUGGGAACUGCUCACGGGAGAGACGCCGUACAAGGGUAUUGACGCGCUGGCCGUGGCGUAUGGAGUGGCCGUCAACAAGCUCACGCUGCCCAUACCUAGCACCUGUCCGGAGCCCUGGAGAGUGUUGAUGGAAGCGUGUUGGCGAUCAAACCCUCGCGAGCGGCCCUUAUUCCCCGAGAUCUUGGAACAGCUAGAGAAGAUCAGACAAUCGGAGUUCACGCGCGCCCCACACGAAUCCUUCCACACCAUGCAGGACGGAUGGAGACUGGAGAUCGAGGAGGUACUCCGAGACCUCAGAAGAAAGGAGAAGGAAUGCAAAACUAUAGAGGAGGAGUUACGAUGCAGAGAGGAGGAGCUGACUCGUGCCCAACUUCAGCAGCGUCUAAUGGAACAGAACCUCGCGCAGAAGGAACGGGAGUUGGAGAUGAGAGAGAUCGACCUCGUCGCCAGGGAACUUCAUAUACUGAUCUUCGCGAGCAAUAUGUCCGCUAACCAACCGCCGCAGCCUAAUAAAAGAAAAGGCAAAUUCAGCAAGAUAAAGCUGCUGAAGAAGGACACGAUCUCGUCCCCGCUGGACUUCAGGCACACGCUGACGGUGCGGCCCUCCGAGGACGAGUCCAGCGUCAAGCAGCUCGUCGCCGUCGCCAAGGACACGCCGCCAGGAUCGCCCGCCAUCAUGAGGGCUAUUGCCCUGCCAGCCGACGGAGUGAAGGGCAAGACGUGGGGUCCGUCGACGGUGCACCAGCGGUCGCGCACGCAGCUGCCGCUGGGCGCGGCGGCGCCGCUGCCCCGGCCGCGCCACGCGCGCUUCAGCAGCUCGGCGCCCGACCUGCCGCCCGCCUCCCGCACAGGUUGUUUUCUUCCUUACACAGACUUCAGUCCGGACGACUGGGGGCCGGAGUUCCCGCUGUCCACCGCCUCCAGGUACUCCGUGCCCAUGCCCACGCUGUAUAGCACUGAAGGUUACAAGUUCAAGAAGCCGAGUAUAAUAGAGCUGGUGCUGUACAAUAUGGCGGCGCUGCUGGGCGGGGUGGCCGCCGGCUACGACGUCAGAGUAUCCAAUGUCAGCCCGCUACAUCCGACGUUACAACCGCAUAGACCAGAAAUAGAGCCGGAUCCGCUGAGUUCGUCAGUAUACGAGGGGUUUGGGUACGCACACAACACGUACCACGGACCUACCAGACAUCUACGGGCGCCGCUCAACGCCAUCACUGGCUCCCCUAUCUCGGGCCUGCAGUCAGAUGAACAGAAACCGAUCAGGUUCACCGACUCCCCGACCCACUACGCGCACCCAUCGUCCUCGUCCGGCUACGGCCACUCGGCGCAGCCCCUGUCGGGCACGUCCGGGCUCGGCACCAACUACACCUCCACGCAGCCACCCACGCCCUCGCCGCGACGGACCUCCUCCUCCACCUCUGACCAUCUCGCCGACCUCUACCACAACUACAGGGAAAACUUCCAACCCUCGCCCUCACAAGACAGGGACUACUUCUACCGAGCGGAGCCCUACGCGUACGACCGGACCGCCGACUACGUCGUCAAGCACCCGUACUACGGCUACGACGAGUGCUCCUUCGAGUACAGGGAACCCACCCCGGACUACAGGCCCUCGCCACAGUACCUCACACACAGACGGACUCCGUCGAACUCCUCCGCUUCUAACUCCCACCCCGAAGAGUUCUCUCCCUCCCGGCAGUAUAGAAGUAAAGAGAAGAGAGACGACUACAGACCCAAGACUGAGUACCCACGUAAAUCGAACGACUAUUCCUUACCGAGAGACUUUUAUAGACAAGACUCGCAAGAGAAGAGCGAAGUGGAGCGGCCCGCGAACUUGGGCCUGGAGCUGGCGCCGACCAAGCUGCGGUCGAGCCUGAAGAAGUACAACAAGAAGUCGUCGGCGUCGGGCUCCGGCUCGGGCGGCGGCACGCCCACCAACCCGACGCCGCCCGACAGCCUGACGAGCGAGACGGACAGCUCGUACGUGUCGGCGCGCGACGCGUCCAGCGGCUCCACGUCGCGCGUGCGGUUCAGCCCGGAGACCAUGGAGCCCGAGCGCCGGCCCUCGCGACACACGUAGCGAAGGCUCAAGAAGUUCGACGACUACCUCGUCUGACGCGGGACUGUACAUACGCUUGCGGGUAGUCCGUGGAACGCUUCGCUUCACCAUGUUUAUUUACAGUGACUUUACGCACUUUGAUGUUAGUGACGUAGCCAAGGCGGGCUUGUGACUGUGGACUCACUGGAAGGUUGUUUAUUGCAUUUAACCGAGUGUUAUUUCAAUGACUAAAAUGUUAGUACUUAAUAUCGAGGUUGUUCCAUCGCUGGCUCCAGUACUGUAACCAUUAAAUAACACAUACAUAUCCUCACGAGGCAGUGUGACAAUAUUACAGAGGAAUUUACUUUUUAUCAGGUUUCCUUUAAUGGACUGUACAACAUAAGUGUAAGGAGUCUUUGGCUACGAAUUACUGCAAUAAGCUAAUGUAUAAACGCGAUUGUGUUCAUUAUUUAAUGUAUGCGUAGUUUCCAUUGUACAUUUUGUAUGAUACGUUGUCAUAAUAAGAUGUAUUUAGCCGUCAAUGUAAAGCGAAUCGCUCUUUCACAGUGCCUAUCGCGCGGACAUAUUGAUAUUAUUCCUUGUUGCGUGAUCUAGUAGUUAGAUGUGAUUAUUUCGAGAUUUACAUGGACAAGGUUGCUUCGUGAGGCAAACAUACGUAAUGACAAACUGAUCUGUACAUUAUCGAGUGUGUUAGCGUGAGUUCAAAGUAUUGUAUUGCCUCAAACACUUAAUACAUCGAGGCUUCCUUGCUCCAUGAAAUAUUCUGAUUAUUUUACAUUAGUUCUGGUUUGAUGUUAGUUAAGAGGAAUCCGUGUAGGCACAAACAGCGUUGUACAAAUUGUAAAUAUCUGGCGUUUGAGCUAAAGUACAGCCGACGAGUAAAUUUCGUUUAGAUGCGAGUUUUCUUUAAUUUCGUUAAAUUUAUAAAUAGUACAAAUGUAUAUGUAAGUGUCGUCGUGUUUGAACACGAGAUGGAGAAAAAAAAACAUAUUUUUAAUUCAACGUAAUCAGUGUAUAUUUUGAAACUAACAAUUAAUAUAUUAUGUAACUUAUAUCACUAAGUUGUAUGCAUUUUGUACAAAACGUUAGAUAUUUUUUACUGAAGAGUAUCAGUAACAUUAGUACCUAGUAUUGUGAGCAGCUUUUAUAUCCCACAUAAAUAAUGUAAAUUAGGUAAAAAUACUAGUCGGAAGUUUGCGGAAAUCCUAAAUAUUGCAUAUCCAGCUAAACAUUGAUAUUAUAUUCGAUAUUACGCUUACCCGAGGUGCACUGGAUUACUCCACCAUCGAGCAGGUGACACAUGGUUCCGUUCACAUGAAGGCCUAUGUCGGGAAGCUUGAAAUUAUCACUUAAAUUAGCGAGUAAAUUAUAAAUUAAGAUGUAUAUCGGAACAUUCGAAUAAUGUUAGCUUUGGUAAUUAUUGUUAGCCCGAAUCAGUGCCUAAUGUUUGCUGGAACGGUACAUAGAGAUUAUGCCAUGGAGAGGAACGAUUUUAUCAAAAUUAAUUCUUUCUAUUAUUUAUUAUGGCCAGUAAAAUCAUUAUUGACAACUGAAGAGAUGUAUUUAUUCUUUCAAUUUUUAUUAUUUACAUGUGCAAUAUGUGAAAUUAUUUUGCGUCCAUAUUUAAUUUAAUUAUAUUUUUAUUAUUUAUAAACAAAUCGUCGUGAAUGUAACAGUAUUGUAUACAGUAUUCGAAGUAUUGUAUAUUCGGAAAUCAUAUGUAUGGUUGUAUGUAGUAUAAUUUGUUAAGUUAGCUUGAACCAGUGCCAAUGUCGUCCAGUGUUUUGUUUACAUUAUCUCUUAUUUCCAUGUUUAGUACAAACCAAAACGUAACCAAAUUAUCGUAAGAAUCUCUUGUAAAAUUAAGUUUCAGUUUAACAAGUCACAAAUUCUGAGUCAACGAUUAAAACGAUAUUAUGUAAAUAUUUAUCUGAGAUUCACGGCGCGUUUACUUAAAAAAACUCUAGUCCUGAAUUUUUAUUUUAUUUUAAUAUCUGGCUGGUAAUCGAUGUGGUUACGAACGACUGGCGAACGUACUUCGAAGGAAAAUGUAGUUUACGGGGCAUUCCUGUUUUAUAUACAUUCCAUAUGUUUUGAAGUGAUAUUAUUGUAAUCAGAGAUGCGUUUAAGACGAGUGUAAAGGUUUUGUGUGCCAAUAACAUGAGGUGGGAGGAUGCCUUACGUCUGUACGUUGAAUCGACAAAUAAAAACCUAGAUUAAGCUUUU